UUGCCAUACUGGGAGUCCAGCUGCUGCUGCUGUUUAAACGCCCCAUACUGGAAUGUGGAGAGAAGCAGGUUUUUUUUUAUUUUAUUUCUCUUUUCGCGGAGGAAAGUUUUGAGUCUGCAGGAAGUCAGCAAGUGAACCUCUUCAUCGCCUUGGAGGGGGAAAAAAAAUUACAGGGUCUUGGUGAAGGACCAUCUGCCUUGCUAAUACCUGGAAAAAGAAAAAACAUGAAUGAUUAACAAGGCUUUCCAGAACGUGCUGAUUGGAAGUCCAAGGAAUCGUACAAUAGGCAUUAUGCCUGGCUGGGUUAUUAUUUCAAGGUCUGCUGUUGCCGCUUUGCCUGGAAGAGGACGCCUCUAUUCCACAUACGUUCUCUCCCAUAAUCAAGCAUGGAAAAGUUUGUUUGCCAAAGGCCGUUCAGGCUGGUCCCCAGCAAGCUGCAGUUGCAAAGUCAAUCACACUUCCUCCCUGGGAAAAGCCUUCCGACAUACCUCCACGGAGGAAGAAGACUUCUCUUUCCAUUUGACGCCAUCGCAGAUCAAUGAGCUCUUAAGGGCGAGCGAGUUGUCCUACACCGUCCCGGAAUUUGACGGGAAAAAUCCCAGCUCAGUGUUGAAAUUCGAGUCCAACCAGCUGGGAGCCAACGUGCCAAUAGAAGACCGCCGAAGCGCGGCAACCUGUUUGCAGACGAGGGGAAUGAUGUUCGGAAUCUUUGACGGCCAUGCUGGCUAUUCCUGUGCUCAGUCGGUUAGCGAGAGGCUAUUUUCUUACCUUGCCAUUUCUCUCCUGUCUCGGCAAACGCUGGAAGAGAUUGAGUUGGCCAUGGAAUCCAUGAAGCCGAUCCUGCCUAUUCUUCAGUGGCACAAACACCCCAACGACGGCUUUUUCCACGAGGUUGCCUCCCUGUACUUGGAACAGCUCAGAGUUUAUUGGCAAGACUUACUGAACUCGGACACAGACCUUGGACUGACAAUGGAAGAAGCUUUGAUCGGUGCUUUUAAAAGGCUGGAUUCGGACAUAUCGUUGGAAGUUCAGGCACCUUCCCAGAAUGAACUUCUGAAAAAUAUCGCUCUACAGGUGGCUUUCUCGGGGGCAACGGCUUGCUUAGCUCAUGUUGAUCGGGCUCACUUGCACGUUGCAAAUGCUGGGGACUGCAGGGUGAUCCUGGGAGUUCAGAACCCCAAUGGCUCGUGGUCUGCUUUACCCCUUACCCGAGAUCACAAUGCUUUCAAUGAGUCAGAAAUCUCCCGGUUGAAAAGCGAGCACCCAACUUCUGAAGGGAACACUCUCAUUAUGAACGACAGGUUGCUGGGCGUCCUUAUGCCUUCCAGAGCUUUUGGCGACGUCAUGUUCAAGUGGAGUCAGGAUCUGCAGCAGAGUAUCCUUAAAAACCACUGCAACUUGGAGGAUUUAAACAUCUAUGAGUAUGUCCCUCCGUGUUAUCACACACCCCCUUACUUAACAGCUGAACCGGAGGUCACUUACCACAAAAUCAGGCGGCAGGAUAAGUUCUUGGUUCUUGCUUCUGAUGGCCUGUGGGACAUGUUGAGCAACCAAGAGGUGGUCCAGCUCGUUGCAAACCAUACAGUUGAAGAGGAUGUCCAGAAAACUCAGCUUACUUUUAAGAAACCAACCAGUCUGGGGUAUGUGCAAGACCUGCUACUUCGGAGAAAGGCCCGGGCUGCCCAGCCCUGUGACCAGAAUGUGGCAACCCACCUUAUCAGACAUGCCGUUGGUGCCAAUGAAUAUGGAGAGAUAGACCAGGAAAAGCUUAUGGCAAUGUUGACUCUUCCUGAUGACUUGGCACGCAUGUAUAGGGAUGAUAUCACUGUUACAGUGGUCUAUUUUAAUUCAGAUGUAAUUGAUAGAUACUAUCAAGAGGGUGAAGAAAGAUCCUGAGUUACACAAAUUCCGAAGGUCAGGAGCGUUCGCUUCAAAUUCCCUGAAACAUUUUUGCACGAGAGCCCCACCCAUAAAAUCCAUUUCCUUCUUUCAGGAGACCCAAGUUCAGUUCACUGUAUGCCUUGAAUAAUCCUAUUAAAAUUCAUUCAUUUUUGGCUUGUAAAAUAAUUUUGGGGCAAUCAUUUGAUUUUAGUGGAACACCUGGGCUUUGUAGUCAAUGGGGUGCCAGGGUGAAGCUGGUAAUAGUUGUGAGAAAACUAUUCUCACAACUUGUGCUUGUGAGGUUCAAAAUUUCUAAAGUAGAUUGGAACGGCAGAUAGUAUGAGCUCUCCAAAAUGGCCAUCAUUGAAAAGAUUGCAUGGAGGGGAAGAGAUGCGUUAUCUUUCUGAGGACACAGUUUGGGGUGCAGUGGGGUUCGGGGCUCCAAUCCAUACAAAACUGACUUGUGCAGAGAUGCUACUCCAAUGGGAGCUUACUCUGAGCCUGUCAAAGAAUUAUAUCCAACAAUGCCCCUUUGUCACUGCACAUCCAUUUCUGCCAGGUCAAAAUCCCCUGCCACUAGAACUCUUUAAAGAUACAGCUAUUUUGAUAGGUUUGUGGCGGGUGAAUGAAACACUUCCCUGAAGGCAAAUUCAUCCCUGCAGUGCUGAAUUUUAUCUUCUGCUCGCAAGACAUUUGCAUGAGAUUCCUGAUGGCGUCAUCGUGUUACAUUAAUACGGAAAGUGUCUUCCAGCUAUUUAAGCAGCGUCCGCUAUGAUCAGUUUUCCUCCUUAUCCUUUUGUUUGAAGGCUGGUUGCCACCCCUUUUCUUUCCUCAUCUGAAAGACUACUGUUCCAUAGGCCGCAUCAAUUACUACUUGAAUACUCAUAGAAACCACUUCAGGGAUUUCAAGCUCCUGUUGAUUGCUUCUGCUACCAUAGCAGUCUUACAUGAGUGUCUCUUGUUGUCUUUUUUUUUUUUAAAGCUUCAAAAAGGAUUACUCUUUGUAGCUGUGCUGCAUUCUUGAAAGGCAAUUGGAAGACAUUUUAUAGUGCAAGGAGAUAAGGAUAUAUUUGCACCCUUGGAUCAGCGCACAAUGUUGUCAACGAAUGGCUUUAAUUUCCUAAGAACAGACAAAUAUUGUGCUUUGUAUUUACGUUCGAUCUUUUAAAACACCUGUUGACUAACAUUCUGUUUGAAUACCACUCAUGUAUGAGUAAUACGCUAAGCUGAUGACUGUUCUCUGAAAAAAAGCAGGGUUUUAUUAUAGUACAUAUUACUCACUGCCUGAAUUAUAAUUUUAGGGAAGUCUACAACGCUGCAUCUCAUUUCCACUGAAUGGUUUGCCGAGUUACUCUUUGGCUUCUUCAACUUGCAUUCCAAUUCAACAUAAAAACCGAACAGACCUUUAUUUAUUUUUUUAAUGGACAAACAGUAGAUUUUUCUUUUAGGAAAAUUUCAGAGCUUUUUGAAUGACACAGCCGAUAUUUUCAAACUAAGCCCAGGGAGAAUUUAAAAAGUCUUCAAAUGACACAAAGGGAGGAGUGGCUCAAGUGAAGCAAUCGAACGAAGCUACAGAAUGAUUGGUUAAAUUGGAUGUAGAUAAGAGAAGCGGUUCCUAUCCUCGGUUCUAAGAAUGACCUGUGGUUUACACAAAAAGGGAAACAAGUUGAUUAAGAAGAAUUGAGAAGUAGGAAGGAAAAACACAAACCCUGUAAUAUAUUGUGCUUAAAAAUUCAGAAAGGGGGAAAAAAGGACCUUAAUGUUGGCAUUAGAAAAACAUAAAGGGCUAAUUGUUCUGCUAGCAGUUUGAACCCCCCCCCCAAAAUUGCAUGCUUAGGACCACAAGUCCACAAAUUUUAAUCAUAAAAUAUUGCUUAAAACAAGAACACCUCAAGAUUGUGCAUUUUAUAAGUAAUGUUGCUAAGUAUUAUUGGGCUACGUCAAAUUUACAGAAUCAUUUCUUUUAGCACAGGGAAAAUCCAAUGCGGUGCUGGAACAGUCUAUGCCUUGUCCCUAAACAAAGUUUGGUUUUUUUUGGAUCAUCAAUUGUCUAUCAUCCGCUAACAGAUGGGAUGACUGGAUGUCAUUUUUCUAGCAAGUGGAACUUAACCAGUAAUAAAGGUAGCAGGAGUUUUCUUUAACGACUUGUUGGCAAUUGCUGCUCUAAAACUCAUGCUUAUUUUCUUAUUAUUAUUAUUGCUAAUGGUAAAAAAAAACUCUUUCCAGUUUUUGAACAGAUUGGCAAAUAAUAUUUUGGAUUAUGUCCAUUCUUCUUUUAGCUAUUUUGCUAGUUGCUACUUUCAUAUCUGGUAGGAGUUGAUUACUUUGGAUCUUAAGCACUAGAAUUCUAUCUCCAGUAUUCUCAGUUUAUCCUAGUCUCUAAGGAUUGAAUAUUUUGUUUAGACCCUUAUCUAUUAAAUUUUCCACCUUUUCUGCUGUAUCAGAUCCCCUUGUUCAGAGCCUUUUUGUUUAAUGCACUUUUCACUGUGAUUAUUUCAAUCUUGCCCCAUUCGUUUUGCAGAUCUCCUUUUCUGGCCCCAUUCAUUUGGCAGGUUUUUUUUCUAUGCAGCUGAAUUUUCUCUCUCCUCCCAGGUUCUGUUAUUUCCACUUGACAAUCGUCCACCUGGUCUUUUUAUCCAGAGAACUUUUCUCAAAUCUGCCUUUUAGCAAAACAGUUCCCAAAAUGAGAGAAUUCUCUUUGAUCUGUCCUGCCCAAAAUUAUUGAGGCUGGAAGCAACAACAACCACAGAAAGAUAACCUCCUGCCCAGGGGUGAAAUCUAUUUACCUUUCUUACCGGCUCGGAAGUGCAUGCGCCACGCAUCACAUGCUUAUGCAGACCUGCGCAUGUGCAAAACCUGCGCACGCGCAGAAGGUAAAAAACUCAUUACUUCCUGGUUAAAACCAGGAAGUAAUGACACCCGGCAGGUGGGCAGCGCUUCGUUCUGCCAUCGCUACCGGAUCACCAAACUACCAGCCGCAAUCGUUACCGGAUCGUGCGAUCUGGUCCAAUCCGGUAGCAUUUCACCCCUGCUCCUCCCCCUUGCAAAUACUUAUUGGAUAGAUUCUCCACUCGAGAAAUACCAAGACUGAACCUGAGCCAUAUGAUCUAAACCUUCCAAAUGUCAACUCAGUUUAGGUGCUCCAUGUUACCUUACUGUUUCUUAAACCAUUUCCCUCUCUACUUUUGCAGUUUCUACAUUCCUGUUCUGCAUAGAUUAUAGUGCAUUCAAUUAUUUAGAAUAUUUUCUCUAGAUUAAGGCUAUUAUUUCUGGGCUAUAUUUAAUAUUGCUGGAGAAAAUAUCCUAGAAUAGGAGGUCUCUAACCCUCUGGUCCGUGAGCUGGGCCGUGACAUGCCAGAAACUGGACCACACAAACAAGCAAAUGUCCCAUCCACAGGAUGCAGGCAGCACACAAAGUCACACCAGGGGUGAAAUGUUAUCGGUUCAAACCAGUUCAGGUGAACCGAUAGUAAAAACAAAAUGCUACCGGUUCAGUCAAACCGGUAUUUCCAACAAUCAGCUGUGAUGGGCAAUUUAUAUUAGCUAGAAUCGUCAGAUUUCCUGCUCUCUAGCUAAUAUAAAUUGCAUGGCACAGCGGAUUCCCCCGUCCUUCACUGUUCUACUUACCUUUGCAGACUCGGAAGGCUUCAAAAUGUUCCUUUUUUAGCGCUGCACGGGCACACCUCAAGCAUGCAUAAGCACAAAGUGUGCGCUUGCUAGCAGACUCACAGAACCAGUAGCAGACUUCAGAGGAUUUCACUGCUGAACCACACCUCCUCCGGACUGUGGAAAACUUCUCCACAGAACCCGUCCCUGGUGCCCAAAAGGUUGGGGGGCCACCGUCCUAGAAUAUUAAAAUUCAGUAAUGUGUGUAGGUCCUUAUUGUGUUUAGAACAGACCAACAUAUCCUUGAAUAUUGAAAUAUCAACGAUUACAAAGCAGAUGGGGUGAUCUUCUAAAACCAAUCUCCAGGACAAUGCAGGGUCUCAGCAAGAUGUCUGUACUGUACAGUUAAUUUCAGAGGAAUUUGAAUUGGAGACAUUUUCCAGAAUUUUCUCUAGUUUGAAGCUGGCCUGUGCCCAAGUUAAGUACAGUUCGUCAAGUUAUGUAAAAAAAAUAGGGUCAGUAAUGUCGAGAAAUUACUAAUCUUUAUAGAAUGUGGUUACAAAGAUAACAGAUGUUUCUGCUUCAAGAGGAAGCGUAUUUAUGUAUAAUGUUAAUUUAACAUAGUAUUCAAGCAUUUUUAAAUAUUAACAAGUUAAAAUGAGCUAGCAUUGGAAUGAAGACAGCAUUUAUUACAUGUACGUACUUUAAAAAUACGUUAAACACCUUUGUUAUUUUUAAAGCUUAUUCUGUUCGGGAAUAAAAGUAUGUUAAGAUGAA